AUGAAGUUGAGUUUCUUUAACACCUUCUCAGCAAUUGCAUAUCAAUGUUUGAAACCUGAUCGAAAUGAACGUCCAAAAAUGGCUCACAUUGUUGAAGAACUUGAAAAAGUAUAUAAUAUUCAAGCUGGUGGUAGGAAUGGUGGAGGCACAGUGAGUGAGAAGAAGUUUGACGAGAACGAGGAACUAACUUGCAUUAAGGGAACAAUCAAAGUAUUAACAUCAGGGCAUACAACUAUUUCGUCACUAACAUUUAUUACAAACGAUAAGACACGUGGGCCUUUUGGUCGAAAAAUAGAUACCCCUUUCUAUAUACUAUGGGAAAAAGGAAAUUUUGGUGGAUUUUAUGGUCUUGCACACAACAUUAUUGAUGACAUCGGUGUCUACAUGAAGUCAUCAUCUGAUGUAUUCACACGGGUUGGAAAAUGGGGAAUGAAAUCUCAUGGAUGUCCCGAUAAUCAAUGGUCUUUCCGACUCCAGAAAAAUCAUCGUCUGAAGGAGAUAACAAUCGAUCAUGGUUAUCUUAUAUACUUUCUCAUGUUCACAACCGAAUUUAGAGGAGAAGAUAAAACUUCAGAAAAGAAAGUCUAG